GAACGACAAACAAACAAACAAGAAAAGUGAGUGUUUAAAAACGUAGGAAUAAUUAAUCAGACUGUAUUUCAUUGACAAGGUAAUAUUUUUUUUAACUAUAACAAUUCAACUUCAAAUAAAACAUGCUGAGGCAAACUUGAUGAAUAUUUGUCACCAAAUGACAGUUAUUAAAAAAAAAACUAAAAUGCCUCUGAUGAAAGAAACUAAGUUUAAAGACAAACCUUCCUCUUCGAAGUCGGUUAAAAUAAGUGGACGAUUGGAUAAUCGAUAUUCUGUCGCAUAUAAUAUAUUGGUACUUAUAACUUACUAUUUUACUUAAUAUUAGGUAAUCUUAUGGUAUUACGAUUCGAGAUUUUAUUUUGUUUGACAGCAAAGAUAGACAAGUGUUUAAAGUCACAACGCCAAACCCACUGUGGGCAAGCAUUUGUGUGUUGUCGUGUGAUCAACGAACGCUUGUCUUGAGUCUCGGUGUCCUUGUGCAUAUGAAUUGAAUAUUGUGUAACCUCCGGGACACAAUUAAAUUCUUUACUGCAGGAGUCCCUUAAUAAAUUUAAUUAUGCCUAUGUGCACUAUCGGUGGUCAGUGCACACUUACUUUGCAUCAAAACACAUUAGUCACACGAUGCACCAAAUUCGAACCGGUGUCAAAAUCCCAAUGUCCUUACAAAAAUGUGAGUGCAGUAGUACAGACACACUUACAACUAAAUUAAUGAUCCGAUUAAAUUCACUAUCGAAGUAAUAAAAAUUAUCGCAGUGGGCGUUCCUGUAUAACGUUACUUUGUACUGACAAACGAUUUUAAGGUCAGUACGAGUGGAACCAUGGCCCUGCUCAUAAUAAUUAUAUUGAGCUUCUUAAACUUAACACUUGGCAAAAACUGUGCAAGAAACGAUGUUCCCGAACACAUAACUUGGGAGAAGAAAUUGAAGGAGGAGCUGAAGUGUUCGUACCGCUUUGCCCUCGUACCGCCUCCCGGAAACGAAACCCAUCCAUUCACCGUCAACGUUCGAUUCACAAUGAAAUACUUCACCUUCAACAGUCAAGUAGAAAUCUUUACCGUCCAGAACUUAAUGUACUUAUCAUGGAUAGACGAGAGACUUAAAUGGGACCCGAAAAAGUUCUUCGGGAUCAAGGAAACUUAUAUUACGAGCGUUAAUAUUUGGACGCCGACGCUUAGACUCUUCAACGCUGCCGAUUCCUUCGAUUUCGAGAGAUUCUACUACGUGAGGUGCAGUGUCAAGAGCACCGGGAGAGUGGAUUGCAUGCCCAGGAUGGUCCACCUGGCCAUCUGUAGUGUGAAGCUUAAGAACUGGCCUUAUGACGUGCAAGAGUGUUCCCUGGAGUUCGGGAUAUAUCCUUCGAAGUGGACGAAUUUUAGAAUGAAUUACAGUUCGCGCGCAAUUUCAAUGUUUGGGGCAGAAUAUGGAGCGGAAUGGUUCAUUUCGGACUAUAAGCAAAGUGGGAACCGUAGUUCUGAUAACCAGUUGAAGAUGACGUUUUUCUUGGAGAGAGAAGCCGGUGGUUUGGCGGCAGUUGUGGUAUACCCAGCACUCAUAUUGACCUUCCUAACUGUCUCAUCAUUACUCCUAGACGUGAUGAUGCAUGUCCGAUUAAUAUUAGUGUGCUUCAGUCUUUACAGUCAUUUUUAUUUCUUGUCAGAGUUGGGUAUGAAUAUCCCAAAAGAUAGUUUGGACCCACCGACGUUACUUCUGUACUACCGUGCUUCUUUAAUUUUGACAGUCAUGAUUGGAACGGUUACAUUAACGCUUUGUAAAGUUUGUCGACUAAAAUCGAAACCUCCAAGUUAUAUUAUGAGUGUGAAUGAUUUUGUGUAUAACGGCUAUGGAAAGUACAUGGUGAUCCCUGAAUGGGAUUUCAAAAGGGAUUUAAAAGAAAAUAGAGUAAAUGAAGAUUGGAUUAAGUUUUCGAAUGCUGUCAAUAGCCUUUUAAUAAUUGUAAUUGUAGUAACGUAUGUUGGAUUGUAUUUUUCUUUCGUGCCACAACCGGUGCCCAUAAAGUAUUGACUGUUGUUUCAGAUUGGAAAGUGAAAUGUGGUUUGAAUGUUUUUCAAUAAAGUUAUUAUUUGGCUUACAA